AACCGCAUAAGGAAAAAAAGAGAGAAAGAAAUCCUGAAAAAAACUCUAGAAGAAACACGAGGAUCCGUUCCAGUUUCCCCCUCCAAAUCCCCCAACCCAACAAUCCGUUCCGAUCGUACUGACACCGUCCGGCAGCAACCGGAGUCCGUCCAAUCUCGACGAGGCCCCGAGCUCCUCCCGCUCCGCGUCCCGGCGCAAACCCUAGCCGUCGAAUCGCUCCCGCGCGAUCCGUUCCCGACGCAUCGACCCCGCGUGAACCGUCCGAAUCCGGUCGAGUUCUCUGUCGCCGGGCGUUGAUCGGGGAUUAGGCACCGCGAAUUGCGGCUCCCUCCCGCCGAUGCUUCGCCGCGGCGCGUAGCAGUAGCAGAGGAGGAGGCGGUACCAUGUUGCAGUGUCUCGAGGGGGUGAAGCACCUCUUCGGCGUGCUCCUCAAGUGCUGCGACAUCGACCUCAAGCAGCCCAAGGGCCUCGAGGAUCCAGAGGUCCUCGCCAGGGAGACCGUCUUUAGCGUGAGCGAGGUCGAGGCGUUGUACGAGCUGUUCAAGAAGAUCAGCAGUGCCGUGAUUGAUGAUGGCCUGAUCAACAAGGAGGAGUUUCAGUUGGCGUUGUUCAAGACUAGUAAGAAGGAGAGCUUAUUUGCUGAUCGUGUAUUUGAUUUGUUUGACACAAAACACAAUGGUAUUCUCGGAUUUGAGGAAUUUGCCCGUGCGCUCUCAGUAUUUCAUCCCAAUGCUCCUCUUGACGAGAAGAUUGACUUUUCAUUCCAACUAUAUGACCUCAAGCAACAAGGCUUCAUUGAAAGACAAGAGGUUAAGCAAAUGGUUGUUGCUACACUUGCUGAGUCAGGAAUGAAUCUUUCGGAUGAAGUCAUAGAGAGCAUCAUUGAUAAGACUUUCGAUGAGGCAGACACAAAGCAUGAUGGGAAAAUUGACAAAGAAGAAUGGCGCAAUCUAGUACUGAGGCAUCCAUCUUUAUUGAAGAACAUGACACUCCAAUAUCUCAAGGACAUCACCACUACAUUUCCAAGCUUUGUCUUCCAUUCUCAGGUCGAUGAUACCUGAAGUUGUGAGAUUAUUAUUUUUUGGUCCAAUGGAAUAUCAGAAGAUAGUCUCAGUGCUUUAAGCAAGCUUUCCAAUGCUGGUUUGAUGGUUCAGCUGAUGCCUAGCGUUCUGAAGUUACGUAUUGGUUUUGAGAAAUUAAAUCUGUUGUUUAUUUGUUAAUAACCCUUUUUUUCUUGCUUUUAUUCGGAAUUCUUGCUGAAGUAUGGGUGAAGCUCCCUUUCUCUUUUUUUUUUUUUCCUUUUUUGAUUUUUGUUGCCCAGUAGCGAUCGCAUCAAUUGACGUUUCUUUGUGUACAAAGCUGCAGCUGCUCUUCAGUGAUUUGUUGUAUGUUAUGUGAGGAAGUUUUCUAUUGUAUAUGUAAGCUUAAUGAUUGCAGCAGAAAUGCCCGGUUUAACUAAGCAUGUUGCAAU